AUGGAUCACACGCGCGACCCCUGCCCUUGGGUUAUCCUCAAUGACUUUGGUGGUGCGUUCGCCAUGGGCGCGAUCGGUGGCACGAUCUGGCACGGAAUCAAAGGCUACAGGAACAGCCCGUACGGCGAGCGCCGCAUUGGUGCCAUCUCGGCCAUCAAGAUGCGCGCUCCCGUUCUUGGCGGCAACUUCGGAGUCUGGGGUGGUUUGUUCUCAACGUUCGACUGUGCCGUUAAGGGAGUUCGCCAAAAGGAGGAUCCUUGGAACAGCAUCACAGCCGGUUUCUUCACCGGAGGAGCUCUGGCUAUUCGCGGUGGAUACAAGGCCGCCCGCAACGGUGCCAUUGGCUGCGCGCUCCUGCUCGCCGUCAUCGAAGGAGUUGGUAUUGGUUUCCAGAAGAUGUUUGCAGGAAGCACGAAGCUGGAGGUGAGUUUGGCCGAAGGAACGCCCACCUUCGAAGGAUAA